AUGUCCAACAGCAGCUCCAUCACUGAGUUCCUCCUCAUGGCAUUCAUGAACACACUAGAGCUGCAGCUCUUGACCUUCUGGCUCUUCCUGAUUGUCUACCUGGUUGCCCUCCUCAGCAAUGGCCUUAUUAUCACCGCCAUAGCCUGUGACCACCACCUCCACACCCCCAUGUACUUCUUCCUCCUCAACCUCUCCCUCCUUGACCUGGGCUCCAUCUCCACCAUUGUCCCCAAAUCCAUGGCCAAUUCCCUGUGGGACACCAAGGCCAUCUCCUACUCAGGAUGUGCUGCCCAGGUCUUUUUUUUUGUCUGCUGUGCUACAACAGAGUUUUAUCUUCUUACUGUCAUGUCCUAUGACCGCUAUGCUGCCAUCUGCAAACCCCUGCACUAUGGGAUGCUCAUAGGUAGCAGAGCUUGUGUCCACAUGGCAGCAGCUGCCUGGGGAAGUGGUCUCCUCUAUGCUCUGCUGCACACUGCCAAUACAUUUUCAAUACCGCUGUGCCAAGGCAAUGCCAUGGACCGGUUCUUCUGUGAAAUCCCCCAGAUCCUCAAGCUCUCCUGCUCAGACACAUACCUCAGGGAAGCUGGGCUUCUCACAGUUAGUGCCAUUUUUGGUUUGGGGUGUUUUGUUUUCAUUGUGCUGUCCUAUGUGCAGAUCUUCAAGGCUGUGCUGAGGAUUCCCUCUGAGCAGGGACGGCACAAAGCCUUUUCCAUGUGCCUCCCUCACCUGGCUGUGGUCUCCCUGUCUAUCAGCACUGGCAUGUUCAGCUACCUGAAGCCUCCCUCCAUCGUCUUCCCAUCCCUGGAUCUGUCAGUGGCAGUUCUGUACUCUGUGGUGCCUCCAGCAGUGAACCCCCUCAUCUACAGCAUCAGGAACAAGGAGCUCAAAGAUGCCAUAAAGAAAGUGACUCGAUGGACAUUUUUCAACACUGAAAAAAUUACUAACUGUCUCCAUAAAUGA